AAAAAAGCCAUUGCAAACCAGCUUUUGGCAAUAACACAUUAUGUGAGUUGCCAUACGCAUCGGGAAGGAGACCACAUCGAGAAACAUUUGUUUUUGCGGAAUUUGGAUUGUUGGAUUUUUGGGAUUGGCGGAUUUAACCUGACUGAUCCCUCGGACUGAAAGAAAUUAACGAAUGUAACCAAAGAUCCAACUGGUAGGACUGGAGAUCCAUUGCCUUGGAAAUUACCAACAUUAAGAAACUUCUUUGUGUGCUGGAAUGAAAACGGAAAUGGCCAUGCCAUUAAGGGGAAUUAGUUUGUGUUCAUUUGGAAUAUUAUGUUUCCUUUUGAAUCUGAACAAUUUGAUUUCUCCAGCUGCUGGUUAUGUGCUGAAGGACUGCAGGGUCACAAGGACCACACAGGCCAUCUGUCAGAAGAAUAGUUUCAAUUUAUUUCCAAAAGACAUUCCACUAAUAGUCACAAGUAUAGACCUGUCUCAAAACAACAUUUCUAAACUAAAUAAUGCAGAUUUGAAAAAUUUACCAAAUCUGUUGAGCUUAAACCUGAAAUGCAACUCUAUCUCCAUAAUUGAAUCUGGCACUUUUGUUGUUCAAAUGUCUCUAGAGGUGUUGAAUUUAAACAGCAAUAGGCUUUGUAAGCUACAGGAGGGUAUGUUUGAUGGCUUAGUCAAUCUCACAGAAUUGCAUCUGACUUCCAAUAGGAUCAAAACAGUAGCACCAGGCUCUUUUAAGUCUCUGACCAAGCUAAAGUUUUUGGAUUUAGGUCACAACAAACUGCACCAAUUAAAAAACAUCUUACAACAUACACCACAUUUACAAUACCUGUCCAUUCUAGCAAACAACAUUUCCAAUUUUCAUUCAUGGGAGCUGUCAAAUACGUCUACAGAACUUGUUUCACUUGAUUUGUCUCUUAAUGAGCUAAGGGUCUUUGGGCUCAGUGCAGAUAUCUUUCCCAACCUCACAAGAUUGAACCUUGCGAAUAAUGGUAGAAAGAAUGGUAUCGUCUGGGAUGUGAAUGACACAUCGUACCUUAGGCGCGUGUCCAAACUAUAUAUCAGUGGUUGUCGCUUGCAAGAACAGCAGAAAGUUCUAGAGACAUUUAACUCCUCACUGAUCUUUCUGAAGUUAAACCAGAUGCGUAACAACCUGCGGGUUCUCAUUAAUAUUUCCUGCAAAAUCCCAUCACUGACCUCUCUUGAAGUCCGAAAAAACGACAUCAAAUAUAUUCGUUCAGACAUGCUGCCCUUGUGUACAAAUCUGAAAGUGUUGAACAUAGGGAGCAAUAAGUUAAUUGACAUCUCUAACAAUUCAUUUCAAUCCCUGAGGAAGCUAAACAUUUUAAUCAUGAAGUCUAACCGUCUCAAAUCAGUCCCCUACGCUGUCAGGAAAACUGCAAUCUCAAAAUUGGAUCUCAGUUACAAUAACAUCAUUAUUCUUCGCUGUGAUGAUUUUGCCAAUAUGACUCGUCUCAGUAUGCUCCAUCUAAACAAUAACCCUCUCUCAGCUCUACAGGAUUGUGUUUUCAAAGAUUUGGUCAAUUUAAAGUUCUUAAUGUUGCAAAACAGCAACAUUAGUAAAUUAAACAGUGCCUUCAUAAAACACCUGCCAAAUCUCCAAGUGCUUGAUUUGUCGAACAAUCAACUCACUCUUCUCGAUCAUGGACAAUUUAAAGCUCUGAAUUCCCUACAGAAUCUUACAUUACAAGGAAAUAAAUUACAAAAACUUAAUAAGGGGAAUUUUAAUGGACUGUCCAAUCUUACAUACCUUAAUCUUGCAUCAAAUGUAAUAGCUAAAAUUAAUAUAGGUACUUUUGGUGACUUGAAAGCUUUGAAGACAUUGUAUUUGAUGACCAAUCGCCUUAAAUAUACAUCAGAAAAGCCAAUUAAUGAUCCACCAUUUGCUGAGCUUUCACAAUUGGAUACAUUGUAUAUUUCAGGUCAACACAGGCACCUUAAGAGCGCCUUCCCUCAAAACCUUCUGAAAGGCCUGACAAAUCUUUCGUUACUCAAUAUCAGAGGUAACCAGCUUAUAUCCCUGCACCCAGACAUCUUCAACUAUACUCCUAAUUUGAAUAAGCUUUAUUUGAGUGCAAAUGAUCUCAGAGACCUUCCCGACAAUUUAUUUUCCCCGAUUCAAAAACUAAAAGCUCUUUACAUUUCACAGUUAAACCUGGGGUCUCUUGAUUUUCUUCUCCUUGCUAACCUCACAGAGCUGAAGUUCUUGCAGGUGAGGAAGAAUGCCUUUUCUGUGAUAAGUGAAACAGUGUUGCAGUCUCUGCCAGCACUUAAAUACCUGGAUAUGAAGUUUAAUAGCUUCAGCUGUAACUGUGACAACGCAUGGUUCAUCGAAUGGGUAAAGAACAACAAGAAAACACAAGUUCUUGAUGCGUACAACUUUGAUUGCAAAUUCCCUCCAAAUCUUAAAGGGAAAAAACUGUUGAACAUUGACAUUCGUUCUUGUACAGUAGACAUUGGCUUCAUCUGUUAUAUUUGCACGGCAUGCGCGGUCAUCAUGACCAUAGCAGUCUCCUUCACCCAUCAUUUCCUGCAAUGGCAUCUGGUCUACACGUACUACCUCAUGCUGGCGUUCCUCUACAACUCAAAGCACAAGAACAAGCGUGCUCAUCAAUACGACGCCUUCGUCUCCUACAACGCAAACGACGAGGGCUGGGUGCUGGGGGAGCUGCUGCCCAAUCUGGAGGACGAGCAGGGCUGGACACUGUGUCUGCACCACCGAGACUUCCAGCCAGGGAAGUCCAUCAUGGAGAAUAUAACAGACGCCAUCUAUAGUAGCCGGAAGACCAUCUGCGUAGUCAGUCGAGAUUACCUGAAGAGUGAAUGGUGCUCCAGAGAGAUCCAGGUAGCCAGCUUCCGUCUGUUUGACGAGCAGAAGGACGUGCUGAUCCUGGUGUUUCUGGAGGACAUUCCAAUGCAGCAGCUGUCUCCGUACUACCGCAUGAGGAGGCUCCUGAAGAGACAAACCUACCUGAGCUGGUCCCGAGCAGACGCACACCCGGACCUGUUCUGGGAGAAGCUCCGGCAGGCCCUGGACACCCAGGAGCACCCAAUGGGUGAGCAUCUACGGCUCACCGUGGAGGAAGGACCCCCCGGAGAGAGACCAGACCAGUAAAAGGCUUACAAAUGCUGGGGGGAGGGAGGGGGAUUAUACUACACAGAGACACCCGGGGUCUGUCCCUAUGGAGGGAAAGUGAAACAGUUCCCCUUGAUGGCUUCGUUAGUUUAAACUCUCAUUAUUGUCUGUAUUGCAAAACAUCUUCUUGUUCUGGUUAAAUGUACAUCUGGUGUUGAUUUGUUUUUUAUGCAUUGCGUUUACGGAUCCAUCGGUCUCGCCAGCCUAUUGAAAACUAAAUGUAUUUAUUUACUUGGGAUUUUUUGGAAAUAUUUUGAGAUUAUUAAAUUAUAAUAAAUAAUUUAAUAAAAUAAAUUAAUAAAUUAUAAUUAUUGUUAUAGGCUAUAUAAUGUUAUUAUAUAUAUUACUAUAUACUGUUAUUAUAAUGACUGCCACAUGAGCUUUUCUUAUUGUCUUGGUUUUAAGAUACAUACUUAAAGGGGUUCGGAAUUUUGGACAUAGGGCCUGUUUCCCAAGUUAGCCUUGGUGUUCUUUAUCAUUGGAGACAGUUUUCAACACAUUUCAUUCAGUCCUUCUAGUUGCAGAGUUCGCUCAUAGUGCAAACUCUGACCCGAGGUAAAUCGCCAGACUAUAGAUGUAAAUGUCUGUGUUGAUAGAAUAACGUUAGAAAUAAAACUAACCUCGCAUCGCAUGAAUCAUCGCAUUUUUAGGGACUACUUUCUCAGCAGCAGCGGAAUUUACCUAGGUAUCAUUCCACAGCUAGCUGCCGUAGCCUACUACCAGGCUUACAACACUGUUGCUGAGACACAGCAAAUCCCUCAAAAUGCAUGCAGUGCAAGGUUGGUUUUAUAUCUAACAUUAUUCUAUCAACACAGACAUUUACAUCGACUGUCUGGCGUUAUAGUUGAUUUGCCUCGGGUGUACUGUGGAGUGGGUAAGACUGUUUUUUAUUAACAGGCUAGUAUUGCCCGUUGCCGUGCGCUAGCCUAGCACGAGCAAACUCUGCAACUAGGACUGAAUGAAAUGUGUUGAAAACUGUCUCCAAUGAUCACCAAGGCUAACAUGGGAAUCAAGCCCUGUAUCCAAAAUUCCGAACUACCCCUUUAAGAUAGAUGAUAAAAUAACAAAAAACAAAUGCAUACAGAAGCCCUUGCAUCCUGUUAGAGAAAACUAUGAUGGAUCCAGGUUUGAUACAGAUGUAUUUAAGUGUGAGUAGUCCAUUACACCUCGCUAAGUAACUGAAUGGUCAAAAGUCUAAUCUGACAAUAUCUACCCUUGACGUAUUAGCACAAAGCAAAGACGGCAACAUUAUCUGUAAAAACGUAAGUAUUUCCGAGCCUGACUUUGCCAUUGCACAUGGUGUAGUGUCCCCUAGAGGGCUGCCAUGUAAACUGCACCAUUGAUCGUAGUUUCUAAUAAUUGAAUGGUUUGUAUAAGAAUCAAGUUGUACGAUUGAUAAUUAAUGAGAUCAUUUGUAAUGAUAUUUUUUUGCAUGUUCAAUAUCAACCUAAUUUAGAAGGUUAAUCAUCAAUCAAGUGCUGUUCUCUUCCAAUAUUAAUUGCAUUAUAAAUAAAAUUCUUGCUGAGAGACCUUA